AUGUGUGCGUGCGCGUGGGAGCGCAAAAAGCGGCGGGGAGCGGGCGCAGGAGCGGGGCGUGCGUCACUGCGGACGGGCCGUGAUAUCACUCUGGACGGGAUGCCAUGUACUCACGUGACGUGUGCCAUGCCAAACGGAUGUGCGCCAGCACGUGACGUGUAUCACACAGUACGUGGAGUAUCGCUACACACGGAUUCACAGGACCCACAGCGUCAUCUCGCACGCGCCCUCCCCUCACCCCCCACGAACGCCACGCGCGCAAUCUAUCGGCGCCCGGCCCUGCCCUAUAUAAAAACUCGCCGCCCGCGCGCCGCCGGCCUCCACGCCCCUACCGCGCUCCACGCACACUUCCUACCCCCACCCGUCCCAAUGGUCCCUGUCUACACCUACGACGACUCCGCCGCGCUCUCCCGCGACCUCGCCCUCUACAUCCUCGCCCAACAGGACGCCGCGCUGCAGCGCGGCGACCGCUUCAACCUCGCCGUCAGCGGUGGCUCGCUACUCAAGGCGCUGCGCGCCGGCCUCGUCGAGGACGCCGAGCUGCGCGCCCGCGCCAACUGGGCCCGCUGGCACGUGUUUUUCUGCGACGAGCGCAUCGUGCCCCUCGAGCACGCCGACAGCAACUACGGCGCCUUCAAGGCCCAGGUGCUCGACCCGCUGCUGCAGCACGAUGGCGUGCUGGGCCCCACCUGCUACGCCAUCAACGAGUCCCUCGUCGGCCUCGGCGAGAACGACCGCCUCGCCGCCGAGUACGAGUCCCUGCUGCCCGCGCAGUUCGACCUCAUCCUGCUGGGCUGCGGGCCCGACGGCCACACCUGCUCCCUGUUCCCCGGCGACACCCACAGCUACCUGCUCGACGCGAACACCGACCGCCGCGUCGCUUGGUGCCACUCCUCCCCCAAGCCGCCCGCGGACCGCAUCACCUUCACCCUGCCCACCCUGGCCUCCGCGCACGCCCUGUGCUUUGUCGCCGAGGGCGCGGCCAAGCAGCCCGUGCUGCAGCGCAUCCUGCAAUCCAGCCCUGACACUUCCCUGCCCGCCGCCCUGGUCACCGAUCGUUUUGCUCAGCGCGUGUCCUGGUUUGUCGACAGUGCAGCGGUCCAAGACUUAUCCGUGCCUGCAGUCACCUAUAACCAUUGA